GAGCUUGAUAAUUCUCUUUGGGGAGGGAGUUUUUAUCCUUCGCUUGCACAGGGAAGGGGUGCGCUAGCAGGGGCCCAGCUACAGUUUACUUCUUAUACGAGAGUCGUAUGUGGUUUAUACGACUGAGAUUCAAGAAGAGAGAGCUGAACGUAGAGGCUGGAGUCCAGAGGGAGCUGAAGAUCAGCUGAGGGGUGUCACACGACCAGAGGACAUGUCUCUCUCAGUGGGGGAGGAGAGACGCAGCUAGCACACUGCAUCUGUCUCCCAACUCGAAUGAAAUACCAACACAAUAAGGUUCCUGAGGCGGAUCUCUCUGGAAGACUGAGCGUAUGUGUGCGCCACCAUGGGGGACUGGAACUUGCUGGGGAAGUUGCUGGAGAGUGCCCAGGAACAUUCCACAGUCGUGGGCAAAGUCUGGCUGACCGUGCUGUUCAUCUUCCGCAUCCUGGUUCUCGGGACCGCGGCGGAGAAGGUGUGGGGUGACGAACAGUCCGGAUUCACCUGCGACACCAAGCAGCCCGGUUGUCAGAACGUCUGCUAUGACAAAACUUUUCCCAUCUCUCACAUUCGCUUCUGGGUGCUGCAGAUCAUCUUCGUGUCUACGCCCACGCUCAUCUACCUGGGACACAUACUGCACCUGGUGCGCAUGGAAGAAAAGCACAAGCAGAAGGAACAACCCCAUCUGACGAUUAGCAACGACAAGCAACAGCUGCUGCCGGGGACCAAGGCCAAGAAGGCUCCUGUUAGGGACGAACAGGGCCGGAUCCGUCUGCAGGGGGUCCUGCUCCGCACGUACGUCUUCAACAUCAUCUUCAAGACUCUGUUUGAGGUGGGCUUUAUCGUAGCUCAGUACUUACUGUACGGCUUUGAGCUGAAGCCGCUGUACACAUGCAACCGCUCUCCCUGCCCUAACGUGGUCAACUGUUACAUCUCCCGUCCGACGGAAAAGACCAUUUUCAUCAUCUUCAUGUUAGCGGUGGCCUGCGUCUCACUGCUGCUUAAUCUAGUGGAGAUUUACCAUCUGGGUUUCACCAAGUGUCGCCAGGGCCUCCGCUACAAACGGUCUCAGGCCGCGUCGGAAGCGGCAUCCAAGACCGCUAGCGAGACUGUUGUACCAUUUGUUCCCAGGUAUAAUUACUUCCCCAGUCAUCACCAGGCUUCUGAGCCGUACCACUCUGACAAAUACAGCCUGACUGAACCAGACUCUACCUACCACCCCUACAACAGCAAGGUGGCUUACAAGCAGAACAGAGAUAACCUGGCCGUGGAGAGGAACAGUAAACCGGAAGGGGGUGACAUGAAGCAGGCCAGGUCCAGCCCUGUUCUGGGAGUACCUGAAGAGAAUCAACGACGAACGAGUCGAUCAAGCAAGCACAGCAACAACAAGACAAGACUCGAUGAUCUUAAGGUCUAAGUUUCCUCAAAGAGUGACAUGUUUAAAUUGUCUACGCCUUAACUUCUCUCAUGAAAAUCUUACCCAGAUUAGGAUGCAUGAUGUAGACCUGUUUCAAGAUUAGUUUCAUUUUGUACAUAAUUUACUUGAAUUGAAGAAGCAUUCUAAAGCAAAUGUUUGAGGAAUUAACCUAGAAAAGUAGCUAGAAUCAGUUGUCAACACCGGCUUGUCUAGAACUGCCUUGUUUUAUAUUGUUUACUUGAUUAGGUAGUCCAUAAUGUCCUUAUUUCUUGAAUACGGAACAGAAUCUGCACACUGUUUGAAUCAACAGCAGUUUUCUUUUUUUUAAACAUAAAUCCCGCAAUGACAGAAGUGGACCCAACUGUUCACACCAGAGUAGGUUGGACAGAAACCAAAUUCAACUGUCCCAUUAGAGCUGAAAGUCUGAAUGUUUCAGGAGAUAUUGAAGACAAAUGACACAUUUUGACCGAAAGCGCUUCCGUUGUCCUAACUGUCCAACGUGAUUGGUUCAACAUCAAAUGAAUCACAUGAAAUCAGAUUUGUAUCUGUGUAUAGGUUAAUACUAUUGUCCGGAAUCAAGUCUGCAUAACAACGUUUUUGCAUUUGCCUGUAUGCAACAGUACAGAUUAAACUGAUUUAAUAACGGCUUUGUGGAUUGUUAUAAACAAAACAAAAAAAUAUAUGGAUUUCUGAAUCCUCUCACUUCACAAAACGAUGUAAACUCAUUGUUGUAAAGACAUUUGAAAAACAUGACAAUGAACAAUAAAACAUUUUUA